GCACGAUCAGCUACAGCUAGAGGCCGAAGAGCACGAAGAAACGCGUGAAGGUGAAGAAAGCGGUACCGAAAGCUCGACGUCACGCUAAGCUUGUACGACAAACGGGACUGGGCAGGAAUUGUUGCUUUGAUCGGUUUUGCAUUAUAAACAAAAACACUCCCAAACGGAUAACAUUGUUGCCAAACAUGUCUUCCUCGACGACACCAACGACAACGACGCCUGCGACGGCCAUGAAUCUCGAGCAGGUGGCCUAUUUUCUGGUGACCGGUGCGUCGCGUGGUAUCGGUGCCAAGAUGGCCAUAGAGACGGCCCGCAAAUUCAAACCCGGUUCGGUCAUCGUACUGCUGGCCCGUUCUGCAUCCGGUUUGGAAAGUACCCGAUCGGAGAUACUUGCCGUUAAUCCGCACGUGACCGUUGUGACUAGUUCGGUCGAUUUGGCUACGGCUUCGAAAGAGCUGCUGAUCGAAAUUCUGGACAAAUCGCUCGGCAAGCAACCGACCGGUCAGUUCGGGCUGGCCUGUGUCAUACAUAACGUCGGCACGGUUGGCAACGUUGAGCGGAAGGCGAUCGAUAUGGACGAUCGUACUGAGUGGGAGCAAUACUUUGGCACGAACGUGUUUAACGUGGCCGUGCUGAACAGUUGCUUUUUGCGCAAAUUUCAAACCGUCGCCAGCAAGCUGGUCAUCAACAUCACCUCGAAGGCCUGCUUGUUACCGUUCCAGAGCAUGACGUACUACUGUGCCGGUAAGGCAGCUCGCGAGAUGUACUUCCGCGUACUGGCGGAGGAGGAAGCGGCGGCCGGUGUCACCGUGCUCAACUACUCACCCGGACCGGUUGACACAGACAUGACCGUCGACCUGCAAGCGAACUCGAACGCGCCGGAAAUUCGGGACUACUUCAAGAAUCUCCGCGACACGACGACAAUACUUACGACCGAGCAAACGACGGCCAAAUUUUUGCAUAUACUCCAAAACGGUCUGUUCAAGUCGGGUGACCAUGUUGAUUAUUAUGAUCACUAGGCCGGCUUGAUACGAUCGAGUGCCAACGCUUGCGUGUCCAACACAUUCCAUCACCUUACGUUCAUGUGCAAUCGCUAAAAGCUUCCAAUAAAGAAGAACGCUACACUCGCUUUUCGUGUCAGCAGCGUGCGUGCGUAACAUAUAACCAAGA